GCUCUGAGAGCAACAAGUCAACACAUUUACACUCCUAUAUAAACAGCUCAGGCCAGCGGUGCCUCCGACUUUGUUUUUUUUUUCUCAUUUCUGCACAGGAAAACAAUCCAAAGCACCAUGAAUAAACUGCUGGUCGUUACUGUGCUGGUUGCACUUCUUGCUAUCAGCGCCGAUAGCUUUCGUUUGAGAAGGCAAGUGGAGGAGGAAGAGGGAACGCUGACCAAGAUCUCAGGCGCUGUCAAGUCCUACUACAACAGCGCCGUGGACACCGUCAAUGGAUAUGUGGACAACAUUAAAGGCCUGAAUCUCCAGGAGAAAGCAAAGAAUCUUUACACCGAAACCAGUACAGUUGUGAGCACCUACGCCGGCAUAUUCCAAGACCAGCUUUACCAUUUUUUCCACCACUAGGACAAGAAAGUAUAAAAUAAUGCUUUUUUAAACCACUGAACUGAUGACAACACAUAUUGGAGACAUCCUGACUACACAACCUGCCUAGAGGAAAUGGAUGGCCAAAUGUGGUGAACACAUGGGGCACUCAAUGACCUGCAGAUAAUCUCAUGUCCACCUAGAUGUAUUGUAUUCCCUCUUAAUUUACUUAAAUCAGCCAUUUCACCCCUCGAUGAGUGUAAUGUUUGUGUCAUAUCUUGAAAUAAAAUAUUUAUA